AUGGCGCUGCUCAAGAACAAGUACAUGCCUCUGAGCGAGGCGGACGUGUCGCCCGAGCGCGUGGCGUCCUACGACGGCCAGCACCUCACGCUGUCCUCGUCGCCCGACGCCGCGGCCUUCGUCAUGGGCAACUACCUGGGCGGGGGCAUCGCGGGCGUCGUGUACGAGGCCUUCGACCAGCGCGCCAAGCGCCCAGUCGCCGUCAAGAUCCUCAACCCCGUGGGCUACAAGCUCACGAGCCCGGGCUCGCUGCGCCGCGCCGAGGUCGUCAAGAAGGGCGCGCCCGUGGUCGGCCACGUGCGCGGCAUGACGCUGGACAACGUCUACUGGGUGCAUCUGCCCAGGCGCAGGGAGCUGCUGGCCUGCUACGCCACCGCCGGGUCCCCCGUGCUGCGCGAGCUCACGCUCGAGAUGUGCGUGAGCCUCUGGCUGCUGGACCACCACGACGACGAGCUGCAGCCCAGCGCGGCCAGGCGGCGCCCGCGCAGCGCGGACCGCCGCGCCGCCAGCUUGAGCUGCGAGGACCCCGCGGGCUCCGCGUCCGCGGCCACAGCGGCGGAGGAGGAAGGGGAGGAGAUGGACGGGGAAGGAGAGGUGGUCGUGGUUAACGAUGUCGCCUACGUGAUCCCCAGCAUGCCGGCCAAGUACCGCGCGUUCCUGCAGGCGAGGAAGACCAUCUACCGGGAGAUCGCGCACAUGCACAAGCUCACGGGCAACAGUGUGAGCGGAGAACGGAUUGGCAGUGGACACGAGAACGUGCUGCAGCUUUACGACGUGCUGGAGCUGGUGCAGCCGUCCAAGUCGACGAUCUUCCUCGUGCUGGAGCUGGCCUACGGAGGAGAGCUCUUUGACCGUAUUAGAGGCGACUCGGGCGUCGAGGAGGACACGGCGAGGACGUACUUUACACAGCUGCUGGCUGGAGUGAGGUAUUGCCAUCAACUGGGCAUUGUACACCGAGACCUCAAGCCCGAGAACUUGCUGCUGAGCGACGCGGACGUGCUCAAGAUCGCGGACUUUGGCCUUUCGGCGCACUUUAUUGCGGCCGUGAGCAGCGGAGCGAGCGCCGACGAGCUGGACAACAACGGAGAGGGCGGACUUACCAACAUGAUGGCGCCCUCGCGCUUCCGACGGUUGAAUUCCAUCGUUGGGUCGCCGCACUACGUGGCUCCGGAGGUGUUGCAGAACGCGCGGUACGGGUACGACGGCCGCAAGGCGGACAUGUGGAGCAGCGGCGUCAUUCUGUACGGACUUCUGGUCGGCACGCUCCCCUUUGGACGCGAUCUGGCCACGUGCCCGCGGUAUCUCAAGUUCGGCGAGUGGCUGCGGUCUCUGCCCGUGGACCCGCACACUGGCAAGCUCCUGUUCGACGCCAACCUGUUCCAGACUGGCGGCAGCUCUAGCGGCUCUAAACAGGAGAUGCCGGAGAUAUCCCCCACCCACCCAAGCUUCCACGCGACCCCGCCAAUGCUCGGGCUUAUGCUGAACGGCUCCAAUAUGCUGUGGAACCAGAACCAGGCCGCCGGAUCGUGCUCUGCGUCCGCAAGCGCCAACAGUCCGUUCUCGUCCGACGCCGGUAUGCUCAAGUCGGGAGCUGCUGGCGUGGGCGGCGUUCAGUCGCGACGAUCUGUGGCCUUCCCGACGUGGUUCUUCCCGCCGACAUUAUCACCCAACGCCGUCUUCCUGCUGGCGUCUUUGCUGCACCCCGACCCGAGCAAGCGGAUUUCAUGCGAGGAAGCCUGCAAGUCGAGCUGGGUGCUCGAUGUGUAG